AUGGACCCCAACACUCUCUCCAUGGAACAGGGGAAGCAGCUCUUAAAGCAGUGUGGGAUCCCCCAAAGAGACAUUGAUUUGAUGACAGAGAAAUAUGUAGUUCUUGCUUCUGUGGAGGUUCUGCUACGAUUUCCUCUGAUGCCAGGAGAGAAUCCAACAGCCCGCUGUGUCUCGGAUAAAAAAUGUCAGCCUUCUGUGGACCCGACGCACGCAAUUUCAGGAAGAUGUGGAGACCAAGAGGAGAGGAAGUCCAACAAUCAAUUAAUGAGCAAGACUAACAAGAAGUCCAACAACGUGAAGCAGGUGGCAGGUCAUUACCUACAUCAUCAGCCUCAAAGACCCUCUAACGCCAAGACCCCGGGGAAGCAGAGGAGGCCCGUGGGGCAGAGGGCUCCCCUAGCAGAGGAGGAAGAAGCUGGGGUGAAAUGCAAGAACUGCAGAGCCUUUGGGGACACGGCCAGGAGCACGCGGUGCCCCAUGAAGUGCUGGGAUGGGGCCCUUCCUCUCCAGCCUUUGGGCUCAAAUAAGGAGAAGGAGAACCUGAAACCAACCAAGCCCCAGCAACUCCAGGCUCCAGCGCCCUUUAAGGACAACAAUGGAGAGCAAGAACAAAGACACAGGCAAGAACAGCAAAGACGAGCUGCACCAGGGACAUUCCCCAGGAGGCCCCAAGAGGCGAUGCAACGGGACUGGGAGGAACUGGCAGAACCUUGUCCCUAUCUGAGGCAACCUACCAUGCCCCCGCCUGUGCAAACCACCAAGAAAAGACCUGCCCCGAACUCUGUUCCCAAACGUCGGCCACCUGUGAAGACACCUGAGUCGAGAUCAUUCUUCCCUUCGUGUCACAACAAAAGACCUGAACUGAGCACCUCUGGACCAACCAAAGGACAUGAGAGGGGAUUCACUGACUCCCCCCACCCUGCUUUAAAGCGCUGCUCCCAGGACCCCACGGGACCAAGCUCCCCCACGUGUCCCUGGCUCAGUGCCAGGCAGGCAGCCCACGUGCCUGAGGUUUUCUCCCACACUGUUCUCCAGCCUUCCGUGAAGGCUCUUGCCCCAGGUCCCGUCUUUAAGCCCCAGGCACGAAUCAAACGUCCUGAUGCGGAUUCAAAGCCCAGGCCACAGCCGGUCAGACAAGAGCGUGGCCAGGACUCCACACGGAGAAUCCGGGAGUGGGGAAAGAGGCCUGUCCCGGUCCCCAACCAGACGUACCCAAACCCCCAGAAGAAAGCCCGGCUCAGCUCCUUCCCCACUCCCCAGCUGGGAACUCGUCGUCCUGACCCGGGGACUGUCCAGGCCCUCCAGCCUCCUCGCAGGACAAGCGGACUUGGACCCAGCCAGGCACCCAAGGUGACUGCGAAGACGGCACCCGCGAAGGAAGCAGCCCUGCAGCCCGGGGCCUUCCUCCAGCCCCUGCCCGUCUCUGCUCUCCUGAGCCCCGCCCAGGACCCCGUCCCCCAGCCUCACCCGUCCAGUCACGGUCCAGGCCAGCCCAGCCGAGCCGCCUCCCCGCGAUGCGACGAGGGGCUGCAGAGCUCCGCGCUCGGAACCGCUCCCAGAUCGCGCGCUCCGGGGAGGGCCGCCCGCGCCGCUCGGAGCCCUCGCGUUUCAGCCGUGUCUGAGCGUCGGGGUCCCGGGGUCCCGAGGAGCGUCCUGUAUGAGGACCUUCUGGUUUCUUCCUCCUCCGAGGACAGUGACGGAGAGUGA